AUGAUACUAAGGUUACCCUGUCCUUUUACGCAAACGUCGCUAGCGAGUUUACGACAAGCGCCCGCAUCCGGCCACUCCACCGGGCCGGCCUGGUGGACCAUGAUGAACGGGGUCGGCGGCGCGCUGUAUGAAGAAGCGCACGCGUCGCCGCCCGGCGGAUCUCCACCAGCUGCGCCAGCUGCCGCACCGCCAUCAGCUUCCAGCGCCUCGCCAGCUUCAGUUGGUUCCAACCCUCCACAACCGCCCCUGCACAUACCGGCCAAGCGCUACGAUCCCGAGCCUGGGGUCAUCCGGCAUGCGCAGCAACCUUGGGGAUACCCUCCAGAUGCACCCGGUUCCUUCGACCAUCAAUACCCCACCGCACCGACCUAUUACAACCUGCCAGUCGAGAGGGAACGCAAGUCUACGCUCCCCUUCUGGCCGGCUAGCAGUGGCGAGUACAAGCCCUACGCUGAUGGUGGUUGUCACCAAAGUUUCACACAGCCGCACUGUUGGAACUACCCUUAUGGUACGCCACGUGGGGAGCAGCCCUUGUCCUACGUCGGAGGAGAGGAGCGUCGAACGGCUGUCUCCGAAGCGUCCAGUUUCUCCCACGAAGCAUACGGCCUACGAAAUUACGCGCCCGAGUCAGUGUCCAGCGCCCCCUACCCGCCUCCAGGCUCUCUGCCCGGUUCCUUAUCGAUGUCAGUCGGAGUGGGAGUGGGUUGCGGAUCUUCUAAUCCACUCGAUUGGACCGGCCAAGUCACUGUUCGCAAAAAACGCAAACCCUACUCUAAGUUCCAAACUCUAGAACUAGAGAAGGAAUUCCUCUUCAACGCUUACGUGUCAAAGCAGAAGAGAUGGGAAUUGGCACGAAACUUGAACCUUACAGAGAGACAGGUCAAAAUAUGGUUCCAGAACAGACGAAUGAAGAACAAGAAGAAUUCGCAGCGGCAGGCGGCGCAAGCGGCGCAGAACAAUAAUAACAACUCGAAUGCGAACAACCACAACCACCACGGCGGACACCACCACGCGCCGCACCACGUGGCGCUGCACCACGCACCGCCGCCCAAACAUCAUCAGUGA